UUUCAAUCAUAUAAUAAGACGGAAGAGUAAACUACGAUUAAGACUAUAACUAAGACUAAGACUAAGACUACGACUACGACUGCGGACUAUUACCUACCUUGAUCAUCAUUACCAUGGAUACAACUGCAUACGAUCAAAAGUUGUUUGACCCCGUCGACCUAUUUGAUGAUACGACCAAUCCACCUCAUUUUGAUACCACGAAUCUAUCUGUAUCACCCAGUAAUAAUGACUUGAUGCUGUAUUCCAUGUAUGGGUCAACCUGUCAACAUCCACUUGAUAUACCAUCCAAACCAAUCUUUUAUCAGUCAUCCUCCGUACCCACAUCCAUUUCCAUGCCUAAUUUUCUUCAUGACUAUCAUUUACCUUCUUCCUCUCCAUCUGAUCUGACUAGUCUUGAUCAUCAUUCCCUACAACCUCAACUUGAUGGUAAUAUGGAUGACUUGUAUGGUCCUUGUCCUCAGUCUUCACCGCCUUCGUAUCUUCAGUAUCUUCAACAGUCACCCUUGUCUUCCCAGCAACAAUCAUCAAAAGCCAUCACCACACCUUUGGAUAUCCUGGAACAUCCAUCUGCCGUAAGCCAGAAAUAUCAUCAGCAACCUAGUAACAGUAACAAUAAUAAUAUGAGUAACAACAAUAACAAUUCAAUGUUGACUUCUAAUCAUUUUCAUAAUGAUAUGAAGCAAUCCCAUCCUCCAGCUUCAUCAAUUGACCUAAAUCAUCUUGCCAUGGACCCACCUUGUGCUUCCGCUUCUCUAGGUUAUCUUGAUACCAAUAAAUCUUCCUCUUGUCAAUGGAUGAUGGAUUCUUUGGAUACUGCAUACAUACCAACCUUGGAUUCUACGUUGAGUUUCACAUGGUUAUGUCAAUCUAAGUGUAAUAUCCAAUAGAAUCAUUCUAAAUUUUUUUUUUCUCCACCAACUUAGGAUGUCAAUUCAUUUGUUGCUGAAAC